CCCCCCCAGCCGCUCCCCUUUUCCUUGCCGAAGCCCCCUCCCCUCAUGCAGCUGACGCCGGGGGACGCUGUUCGCCCCGUCGCCUCCGCCACGGACCAAUCGCCGAAGAGUUCCCGGUUGGGAGGCCGCCCGGAUUGGCCGACUGGGAAGCCUGUCAGCCUCCUGGCCCCGCUGCUCCCGCCCCGUGGCGAACCCGAACCUCUGAUGCCCUUCGGUCCCUCGUCGCGGCAGCCGCUUAGAGGGAGGCUGCUUGGCAGGUGUGGCGGGGGCAGCCUCUUGAACCCCUCGAUGAGGCCGGGCGCAGUGGAUAGAGCGUCCCUCAUGAUGGGGCACCCAGGCAUGCCACAUUAUCCACCCAUGGGAAUGCACCCAAUGGGCCAGAGACCACCAAAUAUGCCACCAGUUCCACAUGGGAUGAUGCCUCAGAUGAUGCCUCCAAUGGGAGGACCACCAAUGGGGCAGUUUUCAGCCAGAAUCCCAUUGUCCUUGUGUCCCAUUCAUCUACCAUCUUAUCCUUUUUGUCCAUGUAAUGAAGAGUUGCCACAUAGUAUAAUGAAAAAAAUGCCUGGAAUGAUGCAAUCAGUGAUGCCUGGAAUGAUGAUGUCUCAUAUGUCCCAAGCGCCUAUGCAGCCUACAGUACCGCCGGGAGUAAACAGUAUGGAUGCACAAGUAGGCACUGUACCUCCUGGAACACAGAUCACACAUCCAGUAGUUUGUGCAACCCAGCAAAGCACCACAACCAGCAGUUCUAUAAAUGAAGAUCCUUCUAAACAGAAAUCUAUGUGGACUGAACAUAAAUCACCAGAUGGAAGAACUUAUUAUUAUAAUACUGAAACAAAACAAUCUACAUGGGAGAAGCCAGAUGAUCUUAAAACACCUGCUGAGCAAUUGUUAUCUAAAUGUCCUUGGAAAGAAUACAAAUCUGACUCUGGAAAGCCUUAUUAUUAUAAUUCCCAAACAAAAGAAUCACGCUGGGCAAAACCUAAAGAGCUUGAAGAUCUUGAAGCGAUGAUUAAAGCUGAAGAAAACAGUGGUAAACCAGACGAAUCAACUUCAACAUCGUCUGCUCCAGCUGUUACAACAGAAACUACAGAUACUGCCACCGCCAGCACCACUGUUGCCGCCGCCGCCACCACCGCCACCCCACCCCCCCCCCCCACGGUAAUCCCUGUUGCAGCAGCUGCUCCUGAAGCUGAAGCUUCUACAGUUGCCCCUGUUGUAGAAAAUGAAAGUACAGUAACUACAACAGCUGAGGAACAAGUGCAGCAAACUACAACUACCACCACUGCCACUGCCACCACAACAACCACCGCUCUCACCACCACUCCUGUUGUACAAGAGCAGAAUGUAGAAGCUGUCACUAACACUGUAGAGGAAACUUCUAAACAAGAGGCUGCAGCAGAUGUUACUCCCAAAAAAGAGGAAGAGGACACUCAACCAGUUAAAAAAACAUAUACAUGGAAUACUAAAGAAGAAGCAAAGCAAGCAUUUAAAGAGCUGUUGAAAGAAAAGCGUGUACCAUCCAAUGCCUCAUGGGAGCAAGCUAUGAAAAUGAUCAUUAAUGAUCCUAGAUACAGUGCAUUGGCAAAGUUGAGUGAAAAAAAGCAAGCCUUCAAUGCUUAUAAAGUCCAAACAGAAAAAGAGGAAAAAGAAGAAGCAAGAUCAAAAUACAAAGAAGCUAAAGAAUCCUUUCAACGUUUUCUUGAAAACCAUGAAAAGAUGACAUCUACAACAAGAUACAAAAAAGCUGAACAAAUGUUUGGUGAGAUGGAGGUCUGGAAUGCAAUAUCCGAGCGUGAUCGUCUUGAAAUUUAUGAAGAUGUCUUGUUCUUUUUGUCUAAAAAAGAAAAGGAACAAGCCAAGCAGUUACGAAAAAGGAAUUGGGAGGCUUUGAAAAACAUAUUAGACAACAUGGCUAAUGUAACAUACUCUACUACUUGGUCGGAAGCCCAACAGUAUCUGAUGGAUAAUCCAACAUUUGCAGAGGAUGAAGAACUUCAGAACAUGGAUAAAGAAGAUGCACUGAUUUGUUUUGAAGAACACAUCAGGGCUUUGGAAAAAGAAGAGGAAGAAGAAAAACAGAAGAGUUUGCUUAGGGAAAGGCGGCGACAACGUAAGAAUAGAGAAUCUUUUCAGAUAUUUUUGGAUGAAUUACAUGAACAUGGGCAGUUACAUUCAAUGUCCUCUUGGAUGGAGUUAUAUCCAACCAUAAGUUCUGACAUCAGAUUUACUAACAUGCUUGGUCAGCCUGGAUCAACCGCACUUGAUCUUUUCAAGUUUUAUGUUGAAGAUUUGAAAGCACGUUACCAUGAUGAAAAGAAGAUAAUAAAAGACAUCUUAAAGGAUAAAGGAUUUGUGGUUGAAGUGAAUACUACUUUUGAAGACUUUGUUACGGUCAUCAGUUCAACUAAAAGAGCUACCACUUUAGAUGCUGGAAAUAUCAAACUGGCUUUCAAUAGUUUGCUGGAAAAGGCAGAGGCCCGUGAACGUGAGCGGGAGAAAGAAGAGGCUCGCAAAAUGAAGCGGAAAGAGUCUGCAUUCAAGAGUAUGUUGAAACAAGCUACACCCCCAAUUGAAAUGGAUGCUGUUUGGGAAGAGAUCAGAGAUAGAUUUGUGAAGGAACCAGCAUUUGAAGACAUCACUUUAGAAUCUGAAAGAAAAAGAAUCUUUAAAGACUUCAUACAUGUGCUAGAGCACGAGUGUCAACAUCAUCAUUCAAAGAACAAGAAACAUUCUAAAAAGUCUAAAAAGCAUCACAGAAAACGGUCUCGCUCCCGUUCGGGCUCAGAAUCUGAUGAUGAUGAUAGCCAUUCAAAGAAGAAGAGGCAACGCUCAGAAUCUAGAUCAGUUUCUGAUCGUUCUUCCAGUGCAGAAUCUGAGAGAAGUUACAAGAAGUCAAAAAAACACAAGAAGAAAAACAAAAAGAGGAGACACAAGUCUGAUUCACCAGAAUCUGAUACUGAACGAGAAAAGGAUAAAAAAGAAAAAGAGAGAGAGAAUGAAAAGGAUAGACCUAGACAAAGAUCUGAAUCAAAGCACAAAUCUCCUCCACCUAAAAAACGCCCUGGAAAAGAUUCUGGUAAUUGGGAUACAUCUGGCAGUGAACUGAGCGAAGGGGAAUUAGAAAAACAGAGAAGGACCCUCUUGGAACAACUGGAUGAAGAUCAAUAAGAAUAUUAUUUAUACCAAAUACAUUUACAGUAGGAUUUAAUAAAAAACUGAUGUCUAAUUCGGGAUAUGAGUUCUGAUAUUCUGAGUUCCAUUGUUGAAAUAACAGUGGGUUUUAAUGAUAGUGCAUAAAGAAAUGCAUUCAAGUAAUACCAUUAUGGGGCCUGACAUGGAAUCUAGAAAAACAGGAAAUUCAGAGUUGAAGUUCUGUUCUUGACUUGCUAGAUAGCAUAUAUAUUACAUGCAUCCUACAGCUCUUUGGAAGGGCACAUGAUGAAUGGAAGCUGUUUCACUUCUGACUCUGGGUCCUGUCUAUUCUGGCCAAGAAAAGUAUUAGCAUCUUUUUGGCAAUCCAUGUCUUAAGCGCAGUUCUUCCCAGAAAGGAGCUAAACCUGUUUUUACAGGCCAGUGUAGACAAGCUAAAAUUCCUUUUUGGAAAAAUUAAAAAUGUAGUUUCUUGUAGCUUAACUGUCCGCGUGCUUGGGGUUUUUUGUUUGUUUGUUUUUGCUUUUUUUUUUAAUUAUUUUUUUGGGGCAGACAGAGGGAAAUGGAGAAGGAAUAAUGAAUCUGUUUUUUGAUUUACAGUAGUACAGAAAAGCAUCAGAAACAAAAAUUGCUUUUUUGUGCACUGUUACUGGCCAAAUUUAUGGUUUUGAUAAUUGUAUUAAACAAAAAAUUUGACUUCCUGGCUGAGACUUUCUAUGUCAAGUUUCAUCUUGGAGUAAAUUUUUAUGGUAAAGUUUUAAACCCUUGCAGAUAGGUGUUUAUGAUGGAUAUCUGCUAGGCCCUUCAUUACAGUGGCAUUAGAGGACACUGCUGUAUAAUAGCCACCAUUUUUAUUAAAGUAAAAACUGAGGUAGGUACACACACACACACACACACACACACACACUCUAAAAAAAUGGUUGAGGGCAUUUUUCAGCAUUUAUCUUCAUAAGAAAGUUUAACAUAAAAUCAGCUUGUAAAUUAAUUUCAAUAUGUUGCCUUAAGAACCUGCUGAAGAAUGUACCACCAAAUUUUAAAAAGCAGUUGCAAUAUUAAUGUUAAAAAUCAAUGCUGAUCUAAACUUUUUUCUUUAAAUAAAAAACUAGUAUUUUUUAAAAAAUCAGCCUUUUUUGGGGUAGCCUCUGACCAAUUUUGCUUCAAGGAGAAGUUCUACUUUCCCUAUUCAGUGACAAGUAUUGACUACUGUGGUACACAUUCUGAAACAUUUCUGAUUUGAAUAUUUUUGUACAUUUUUAUCAAUUAAAUUUUGUCCUCUAG